CACAACCAUUUGCUCACACUUGCAGUCUGCAAGAUAAGGCUAAAUGAAUACGGAGCAAUAGGGUCCCGUGCUGCUUCGGCAAAUACACUCGUGAGGAGUCGCGAACACCACGUCGAUAUAAAUUCUUGAGCUGCAGCCAACUUUCAUUGCAACUACAGACGGCGAUUUUCCAUCGAUACACAAUUGACCCGCAACAAUACACACCACAAGCAGCCGGAUGCAUUGGUUGAACCACGUCUCUCGCCCGCUGGCACUUCACUUCUUCGCCUUUUGUCUCAGCUUGAAUCUGCAAUCGACAUCCGUCUUUGGUCAAUCCCUUUUUUUCACAACAUAUAAGUAUCCGUAUGCUAUUGAGUUCCCAAGAAACGUUCAUGCAGCGAAACAUGGUCCUGUUCAUCUUGUAACGAAAAUGUAUUUCCUCACCCGCGCAAGCGAUUAUCGCGGUCACUUCAUCAAAGUUGGCUAUACAGGCUCUGAUAAGCUCAAGAUUCCAACAGUAGAACGACCAAUCUCAAAGGACAAUCCAAAAGGGGACAAGUCGAAUCCGGGGCUCUGUUACUUGACUAAUCGUCAAAACAUCAUUAAUGAAAUCGCAAGAAAUCCUCAAUUGCGAAAGACUGCACAAUCUCUUGCUCCCGGUGAUGAGUGGUUUCGUCUAAAGGUUCCAGAGCAUGAGGAUCAGGCACUUGGACUGUAUUGCACGUCUCAUUCGUCUAUUCAAGAAUGGUAUGACCCCCUGCCUGUGGGCCCAGAAGUUAGGUGUUGGAUAGAUGACACGCCGGGAACAGAGAUACAAUUUUCUCUCUUUUGCCAAUCCAACCUUGCGCUCUUCUGCCAAAACCCUUUGGCAAACUGGAAUUCAAACCCCCCGCUUGUCGAGCUCCCGGAUGCGUGCAAAAAUGUCAAGCGACAGUGAGGCACAUUCGUUGAAGGACGCUGACUAUCACGUCCUGGCAAACACUUCUCAAGUUCAUCAUAGC